UUUGGCCGUUGCGUCCCGACCUUAUUACUGUGAUGGAGGAUUCCGGCAUCCAGCGAGGCAUCUGGGAUGGAGAUGCCAAGGCUGUCCAACAGUGUCUGACAGAUAUUUUCACCAGCGUUUACACCACCUGCGACAUUCCUGAGAACGCUAUAUUCGGUCCCUGCGUCCUGAGCCAUACUUCCCUGUACGACAGCAUAGCUUUCAUAGCCCUCAAGUCCACCGACAAAAGAACAGUUCCUUAUAUCUUCCGGGUAGACACCUCAGCGGCAAGUGGUUCCUCGGAAGGCCUCAUGUGGCUGCGUCUGGUCCAAUCAGCCAGAGAUAAAGAGGAGCAGAAUCUGGAGGCCUAUAUAAAAAACGGACAGCUGUUUUACCGCUCUCUCCGCAGGAUUGCCAAAGACGAGGAGUUACUAGUUUGGUACGGGAAAGAACUGACUGAGUUACUCUUGCUCUGCCCCUCUAGACCCCACAGCAAAAUGAAUGGGUCGUCCCCUUACACAUGCCUGGAAUGCAGCCAACGUUUUCAGUUUGAAUUUCCCUACGUGGCGCAUCUGCGCUUCCGCUGCCCCAAGAGAAUUCACAGCGCGGACCGGAGCCCCCAAGACGAGCAAGGCGGCGGCGUGGGCGCCAAGGACCACGGGGGCGGCGGCGGCGGCAAGGACCAGCAGCGGCUGCAACAGGAGGCGCCCUUGGGCCCGGGCCCCAAGUUCUGCAAAGCCGGCCCCAUCCACCACUACCCGGCCCCCUCCCCCGAGGGCAGUAACCCUCCCGCGCCCGGCGGCGGCGGCGGCGGCGGCACCAAGCCAUCCACGGACUUUCACAACCUGGCCCGGGAGCUGGAAAACUCCGGGGGCGGCGGCAGCUGCUCCCCGGUCCGGAGCCUGAGCAGCGGCGGCAGCGGCCACCAGGAGGCGGAGCUGAGUCCCGACGGCCACGCCGCCGGCGCGGGCAAAGGGAAGAGGAAAUUCCCCGAGGAGGCGGCCGAGGGCGGCGGCGGCGCGGGGCCGGUGGGGGGCCGCGGCCGCCUCGCCGAGCGGCCCCUGCCCGCCUCCAAGGAGGACCUGGUGUGCACGCCGCAGCAGUACCGCGCCGCGGGCAGCUACUUCGGCCUGGAAGAGAACGGGCGCCUGUUCGCGCCGCCCAGCCCCGAGACGGGCGAGGCGAAGCGCAGCGCCUUCGUGGAGGUGAAGAAGGCGGCCCGCGCGGCCGGACUGCAGGAGGAGGCGGCCGCGGACGGCGGGGUCACGGCCGCCGACGACCAGGAUGCGGGCGGCGGCGGCGGCGGCGGCGGCUCCUCCACGCCCGUGGCCAACUCGCCGGCCGGUGCGGAGAAGCUGCUGGCCCCGCGGCCAGGGGGCCCGCUGCCCGGCCGGUUGGAGGGCGGCAGCCCGGCCCGGGGCAGCGCCUUCACGUCCGUGCCGCAGCUGGGGGGCGGCGGCGGCGCGGGCUGUGCGGGCGGUGCGGGCGGUGCCGGCGGUGCGGGCGCGGCGUCGGACGAGCGCAAAAGUGCCUUCUCGCAGCCGGCGCGCUCCUUCGCGCAGCUGUCCCCGCUGGUGCUGGGCCAGAAGCUGAGCGCGCUGGAGCCGUGCCACCCCGGCGACGGGGUGGGCCCCGCCAGACUCUACCCCGCCGCCAGCGACCCCCUGGCCGUGAAGCUCCAGGGAGCGGCCGACCUGAACGCGGGCUGCGCGGCCCUGCCGGGCGGCGGCGGCGGCGGCCUCCCCAAGCAGAGCCCCUUCCUCUACGCCACCGCCUUCUGGCCCAAGAGCUCGGCGGCCGCGGCGGCGGCGGCGGCGGCGGCGGCGGCGGGGCCCCUGCAGCUGCAGCUGCCCUCGGCGCUCACGCUGCUGCCGCCGUCCUUCACGUCGCUGUGUCUGCCCGCGCAGAACUGGUGUGCCAAGUGCAAUGCCUCCUUCCGCAUGACCUCUGACCUGGUGUACCACAUGAGGUCGCAUCACAAAAAGGAGUAUGCCAUGGAGCCCUUGGUGAAGCGACGGCGGGAGGAGAAACUCAAGUGCCCCAUUUGCAACGAGUCCUUCAGGGAGCGCCACCACCUCUCCAGGCACAUGACCUCCCAUAAUUGACCUGGAAGGGACCCCCGCUUUCCACGCGGCGCGUACACGCACA